UUUGACGGAUUUGAUCAGUCGCCAUAGCUUUUGCUGACGAAGUGACGAAGUUGUGUCCAAUUGUCCAAAAAGUUGUGAAGAAUUAUUCUCCAUACGUUUAUUUCUGCCCUCCUUUUCAACUGAUUUAUAAGAUCUUAAACCGUUCUAAGAACUUGUGGCAUUUCCAGUUGUGAAAAUGGAUGACGGUGAUGGUGAGAGACAGCUUCAAUUCUACACAGCAGCAAGGAAGUUUGAGAAUCUUACAUUUUCAUUUUGCGACUGCUGGCCGAACGCAGACGAGCAUUUCAUACGAUGCUCCUGUGGAGAAGAUUCAAAAGAUAUAGAUUAUGAAUGGAGCUGGGAUGAAGCUUCAUCAUCUGACAGCACAGUCCUUUACAAGGAAAAUCGUGAAGUUCGUUUUCAUCCUGGCUACAGCUCAGGUACUGCAGCAGUGCGUGGAGAUUCUACUUUCAAAUUUGGUCAUGUCUACUAUUGGGAGAUAAAGAUUCUGACCACUCUUUAUGGCACAGAUGUGAUGAUUGGUGUUGGCACUCCAAAAGUAGAGCUUAAUAAUUCACGGUUCUCUUUCUGCAGUUUGCUUGGUGCUGAUAAGGAAUCCUGGGGAUUCUCUUACAAAGGCAAAUCUCAACACAAUGGUGUCACUGAAAAGUAUGGCUCUCCAUUUGACAAAGGGAGUAUAAUCGGUAUUUAUCUGAACAUGUGGACAGGAAGACUUGAAUUUUUCCUCAACAGAAUGCCGCUUGGUGUGGCAUACAAAGUACUUCAAGAUCAAGAAUUGUAUCCAAUGGUAUGCUCUACAGCGGCAAAAAGUGCUGUUCGUAUUAUUUUGACUAGAUCAAGGCCAAUCUCACUCAAACUAUUGAGUUUGGAAAAUAUCGGUCCAAGUGAAGAAUUGCUGAGAGAAUACCUGAAAACCAUGCCUGGAUUGAGAAACUAUGUUCAGAAUUUAUGGUGGAUUAUCAAAGAUACUGAUGAGCAAUCAACUUCAACAUCCAAGCAAAACAACAAACAUUAUCAAAAAUGGUGCGGGAAAAGGUGCUUCCCAAGUGAUGGUCAAGAGAAGAACGUUCGAAAAAUUAGAAAUAAAUGUUUCGUUGGAACGGCAAACCUUCCUGGAAGUAGCUCUGAUCAAGCUGAUAGUUGCAUCUGUAGACUUAGGCGCUACAACCCGAACAGACCCCAUGGCCCAUGCUGGUUUUGCCAUGAAUAUCUGUAAUCUUCUUUCGUUGUUCGCCCUCUGAACUAUAUCUGUUGUUGAAUUCAUCCUUUAUGAAUCAGGUUUAGAAAUCUAAAAUUCAUAAAUGGUUUUGUUUGUUUGUUUUUUUUUUAUAUUUAUUUCGGAUAUCAAAUGCAGUCAAAAAUGGUCUUGUUUUACUGAUUGGAUGUCUGGUACAGCUGUUCACACAGUGGUAUAGUCAAAAGUAUAUUUUAAGACCAAGCAAUCAAGAUCUUGAUGCUUACAUUGGGAGAACUUUCAGUUUCCAAAUUUGUGUCCACGUGGUUUAAUUUUAUCAUAAAAUCAAAAUCACACUUGAAAAAUCCCUCUCUUCUUUUAACUACGAUUUUGGCCUCAACAAUUUUUCAAAACCUUUUCUAAUAGGUUAUCAAAGUAAGUAAUCUUACUUUAAGCAUCGGUUGUCCUAUUAAUGAUGAUUCUCCCCUGCUCCCUUUUUGUCUAAUUAAUGCAGUAAGUAAAAGUCGCCAGCUCUUAUUUGAUUUUCCGUUUCUAUGUCUACCAGAAUUUUUUUUUUUUUCAUUUUUAGUAUACAAGUAUAUUUUUGAAAACCUUAAAUUAAAGCCAGAACAGUUCUAAAGUGGGGUUUCAUAAAAAUAUCGAAGCGAAUCUUGCUUAUGAGUGAUUUCUGCCCUAGUCUAAGGUUUCAAAAGUAUCUUUUAGAAUCGGAUAUCCAAAAAUGUACUCUGAAAAGUUCAAACAAAAAUGAAACUGAAACAAAAAGUACAUUUCAGUAAAUUAGUUAAAUGUCUCAGUGCUUCUGUACACUAGAUAAAAAUCCAAUUCAUUGUGAAGCCAAAGUCGUCAGUUUUUAAUGUUGAAUGGUCUCAAAGGAGUGAAUUCAUAAUGCUGUACCGACUUUAAGGAUGGGGGGUAUGUACAUAAAUUGAGCCAAAAUUAUGCAAUGCAUGGAGAGCGUUGCUAAGUACCAAACGAAGCUUUGCUCUCGCUCAACUAUGUGAGAGCCUUACUAAUAACUUUUACUCUUGGUCAGCAAAACGGUCAGUCAGAAGAAGGGAUGAAUCCAUUAUCUUUCUCACUAGUCGAAAAAGUUAUUUUCAAUUAAUCCAACUAACCUUUGUCAGUGAACACAACUGUAAUAGUCAUCAUCAGUAAAUGCCUCUUUUGCAUUCUUAUUUUAUAUCUUAAGAAGAAGAAGAUUUGCCUCUGAGAAAAUCGUAAUUUUCCGUUUGCAAUAUCCGAUAGGGGUGGUGAUUUAGGAGGAAAAAAUAAUUCCAGCGAUUGUCUUUGAUCAAUUUCAAUAGCUCUUCGUUUUUCUCUUCCCUCUUAUUUUUUUUUUAUUUCAAGGACAAAAGAUACAUUUCUCAGACCACAGGGAUCUUGAUGUCAUCGCUUUUACAAUUUUGACCUCCAUUAGAUUCCAUUUGACUUGUGAGAUUUUUCAAAUCCAAAGAUUUAUUUAUGUUUCAAUCCCGACCAAAAAAGAAAAAAAAAGAUUUUAUUUUGUCUGCCGUUUAUACAAAAAGUGAAGGUUCAAAAUUGCCAUCCCUUAAAUCCUUCUCAAUUCAGAACAGUCCCUUUAUUGUUCAGAAUUAAUUUUGUACUGCCAGUAAGACUUAUGUGCAAAUAUUUUUCUUUUAGUACAUGUCAUAGUAGCAACUCUAGUACUAUCGUACUAAAAUAUGCUCAGUUCGGCGGAUGUUUCAUGGUGUAGGCGUUUUUUUUUUUCUGUACCUCAUUGAUUCUUCACAAGUGUCUCACUCAACUUGGAAUCUUACUCAAUUUAUCACAUUUAUGUCUCGUUCACAUUUUAACAAGUCACUCAUUUUUUUGAAACUUAAAAAAAAUAUAUUUCUCCAAAAAGUAAAACUUACUGUGGGUGUUUUCCACUGUUUUUCAACUGAGCAGCAAGAAAUAGGCAUAUGAAUACAUGAAAUGAACACCUGCAAGUAAGAAUUUUUUACAUAGGUUUUGACAGUGAAAAAGAAAUCAAAACUCCAGAAAAAUUCUGUUCCUGCGGAUCAGUACUGUGUCAAAACUUUCGGUAUUUUGAGUUUUGAUGCAAAUUAUUUUGUCUCUUCUCUAAAUGUAGAGUUAUUGGUAUGUUUUUUUGUUUUUCCCCUUUUUCGUUUUUCUUUUUUGCUCUUUGUGAUACUUUUAUCGAAUAAUUUUAUAUUUUGUCUCAAUACAUCAAACAUGCCCAUAUAAAGGAGAAAGUUCGAGUCCAGGUAUCUGAAUAGAGUGUUUCUAAUCCAAAAAACUUGACUCUUACAAACUUCAGGAGCUAGAAGUCUCAUUCAAAAUGGCUCUCAUCUUAUGAUUGUUGAAAGAGUGGAUUUCUUUUGCCCCUCAUUGAAUAUGUUUAGUUGACUUUUUUUUAACCUUCUUUUUAUUAUUUAUUUAUUUCUUCAUUCAAUCAUUCAUUCUUACAAGAGUGGAAAGAUUUUUAAAUUGUAAAGUUGACAUGCAUAUUAACUGUACUUCGUUCAUCUCUUUAAAAAGGAAAAUCUUCAUUAUCUCCACAGCAGUAGAAUUGUAUCUCUCUCCAUUGAUUUUCUCAGUUUUUGCACUUUCAGUCUUGAGAGUGUUUUUUCAUCUGAAUUGUCUUCUUAUAAUUUUUAAAGUGUUCUCGAAUAAUUAGUCUCUUUAAUAAUUAAUUGUAUGAAACGCCUGAGUGUCCCAUUUUUUAUUUGUAUCAAAAUUCAUACGAGGGUAGGAAAAACUCAGUACUUGUCACAGCACCAAUAGCGGACCUUUUAUUUGAAUCUCUAAACUACAGAUCAUUAUUCAGGAUCCCAUGAGGGAAUCCCUCCCUUUGCCACAGCCUCAAUACGUUUUUUACCCCUAACAAAUUUUUUCAAAAAUUGUAAGUUUAUUUUGUAAACUUUAAAUUAAAAUGUUUUUAAACCUU